GCCAGCGCUCUGCUCCCUGCCGGACAGUACCUUCGCCCCCUCUGUGCCAGGACUCCAUCGGUGCAGACAGCAACGAGCCGCCAACAUGAAUGACAUCUACAAGGCUGCGGUUGAGCAGCUGACAGACGAACAGAAAAACGAGUUCAAGGCGGCUUUUGACAUCUUCGUUCAGGAUGCGGAGGACGGCUGCAUCAGCACCAAAGAGCUGGGGAAGGUGAUGCGCAUGCUGGGCCAGAACCCCACACCCGAGGAGCUGCAGGAGAUGAUCGACGAGGUGGAUGAAGAUGGGAGUGGCACGGUGGACUUUGAUGAAUUCCUCGUCAUGAUGGUGAGAUGCAUGAAGGACGACAGCAAGGGCAAGUCUGAGGAGGAACUGGCCGAGCUCUUCCGCAUGUUUGACAAAAACGCAGACGGCUACAUCGACCUGGAGGAGCUGAAAAUUAUGCUGGAAUCCACAGGAGAGACCAUCACCGAGGACGACAUCGAGGAACUGAUGAAGGACGGAGACAAGAACAACGACGGCAAAAUCGACUACGACGAAUUCUUGGAGUUCAUGAAGGGAGUGGAGUAAUCGAACACAACACGACCUUCCCGAUCCUUAUUUUUCCAAUUCUCUGGGACUUCAUCUGUGGAAAAGCAGAACCUCAAAGCUCCAAAGCUGUUGAUGAAAAAACGUCAGACCGACUUUGCAAGAAACGCAGUAAAGUUUGUGCCAUCGUCUUGCAUCGUUGUAAAUACAUUUUGUAACUAUGAUUUUAGUAUAAAGUACACAAAUAGUCUGCAGAUGGAAGUUCGCACGCGCAUGUGUCCUGUGAAGGUUCUUGUUUCUGGAGCACCCUCUGUCUCUUUAGUGUUUGUCCUUGUUUCACUGGGUUUAUGUAAAUGUGUCAUGAUUUUAAAAUUAUAAUAAUGAUAAUAAUGAUGUAAUUUGGAUACUGUAUAAAGGUGCUUCACCUUUUAUUCUCUGCAUAUUUCUACCAAAAUGUCGAUAAAAAUGAGAUAAAUUUGUCGGUGAAUUUGAGUUUUUGUUUAUUUUUAUUUCAUUUAAAGGUCCUAUAUUUCACCAAACGGAUUCUUUUGAGCUUUAAGUCGUGUUAUAAUCCACAAAAACAGACCUGGAGUUGUGUUUUGUUUCAUUUGAGUCACACUUUAUUAUUAGUCUGUUGAUAUCUCCAAAGCUCAAAACGCUCCGUUCCACUUUGUGAUGUCAUCAAGUGGGAGUUUUCAAGCUGCUGAACAAAAGGAAAACGGACAAGUCUAAAGCUAUACUGUGGAACAUUUAAGGCAGAGCGAUAACAUCUUCAUGGAGGCAAAACCACCAGAAAAGUUCCACAGUGCGGCUUUAACAUGUUCCGUUCUAAAAAACAAACGCGUCUGUCAGGGUCAUUUGGAGAAAUAAAAACACGAGCAAAAUGGAUAAGUCUAAAACUGUACUGUGGAACAUUCUAUGUAGAAUGAAAACAUCUCCAUGGAGACAAAACCACCAGAAAAGUUACACAGUGUGGCUUUAACAUGUUCCGUUCUUGUACAAACAUCUGCAUCUGUCAGGGUCAUUUGGAGAAAUAAAAACACAAAUAAAAUGGACAAAUCUAACGCCAGACUGUGGAACAUUCAAGGCAGAGUGUUACCAUCUCCACAGAGACAAAAAUGUGUCCAAAGUCCCACAGUGCGGCUUUAGUCAUCCUCAUAUUUGAUAUUUAUUUCCUAUGUGUGCCUCAGUCAUGUCAACUAUUCAAGGUUAGCGCGUUAGUGUCCAGUUACGGUGUCCGUGGAGGCGAGCUAUUUCAGUCUAAUCAUGUUAGUGCCCAUGUUAGGGCAUCUGGAUUGACCCGCAGCAGUUGACAAUCACAUUCCUCCGUCCAAAUAAAGGGUGUAGCGACAGUGCAAAGAGAUUAGACCGGGCUAUAGUUGUUUCACCUCUCAUUCUAACCCCACUCC